AUGUCAGAUCCUUUUAGGACAGUGGAUAUCCACAUGCACUAUGGUGGGCGGUUUAUACAUCAUCCCAAUAUUAGGUAUACAAGUGAUUUAGUGAGAGUGUUUCACAAUUGCGACCCUGAUGAGUUAUCAACAUUUUCAUUAUUCAACCUGUACUCCAAAAUUGAAAAAGAAGCGGCAUGUGCAAAAUUUUGGUAUUCCAUUCCAGACCAUGAUGUGGAUGUAGGUGUUAUCCCAAUAAAUGAUGACGUGGACAUAGAAUUGUUGACUACCUGUUAUGAAGGGCUUCCUUAUAUGCAUAUAUAUGUAGAGUCAGGUCAGAGGCCUCUCAAAAUUAUCUCACCAGAUGGUAAGCUCUUAUUCGAAAGAGUGACGAAUGAUGGUCCACUUGCUUUACCGUACAAUGAAGGUUCUUCAGAGAUAAAUUCAGAUCUGACUAGAAAAGGUGCUGGAGCUUCACAAAAUCCUGUUGAUCUGACUGGUUUUGAACCAUAUAUUGGUGAUACAAGAGGGCAAGAAAAUAAUUUAGAUGGCCCAACUGCUGUAGAAACUAAUGAUGGCACACAAAAUCCCUUCGAACCAACUAAGAAAAACAGAAGAAAGGGUGGUAAAACUCCAUCGAGGAAGAGACAAACUGUGGUGCAACCUGUGAAGAGAGCAGCUAGAAAAACUGUCAGAAAAUUAUUUCAGCAAACAACCAGAAUAGAUGCUGUCGACAGCCAGCAAGAGGUUUCUUCAGUGAACCAAAGUAAAGAAGAAUGUGAAAAUCAAUGUAACUUUGACAGAACCUCUGUUCAGACAAAUCAAGUCAACAAUGAACAAUAUUGUGACUUUGACAGAACCUCUGUUGAGAAGAAUCAAGUCAACAAUGAACAGCAGCACCACAGUGAUGGAAAUGAAGAACCUGAUCCGUCUUGGUUGAGAGAGGGCCUAGAAUUUGCAGAAGAUGAGGACAUCUUUGCAACUGCUGGUUCAACUGUACCUCAAACAAAUCAGCAAAUUGGUGACUUGAAUGAGCAGCAGCAACAACAUCAGCAACCACAAGGUGAGGAGUCCACAGCACAGCAUCAACAAACUGAAGACUUGAAUAAGCAGCAGCAACAACAUGAGGAAGCACAAGGUGAGGAGUCCACAGCACAGCAUCAGCAUGGAGGAGACCAACCUAUUGGCCCUGACAGUGAGGAAUGGAAUGAGCCUGUGACUGCAGAUGAAGACUUCCUAUAUUCUGGUGAUGAAUGGGCCUGA